UAGAACAUAAGUAAGAGUGUGUUGUGAAGGGAAAAUUGACAGUGAAUAUUGUGUUGCUCUCAUCUUUUUGUUUUAGGCAAAUCUUAACAAGGGUCAAAUCUAUGAAUCUUCUCCGCCCCACCAAAAAAAAGGCCUACACCCUGUUUCUCUCUCAAUUGCAUCUACAAAAACCUCAGUUUGCAGGGUCUGAGACGUUUCAAGUCACAACAGCUCGAACCUCGCCUCGAGACGAAUCACGAAAAUACCAAAAUGGCCGAGAAGACCACUAUGAAGAUGAAGUGGGAUCACGCAACAGAAGCAAAGCUUUUCAGGCAAAUCAUCAAAAAAGCAAAACUAGGGAAGAAAGAUCACGAAGAACUGGCAAAGGUGAUGGGAUGUACCCCCAGAGCGAUCAGGGAACAUAUUAUAUGGAUGCAGAAGGCCGCUCCGAAGGAGGAAUCUGAUGACGCUGGAUCCCCUAGUCCAGUGAAACGUGCAAAGACUACAUCUGAGAAGCGGACGCCGGCGAGCGAGAAGGUUGGAAGCAAAAAGAGAAAGAAUACCAGCGACGAUGAUGAGAAUGAUCUACUUGAUAAUUCUCCCCUUAAGAAAGUCAAAGCUGAAGGCUUAGACUAAAAUGAAAUGUGCAUUACAAAGAUGACCGAACUUAAUGGGGUAUUUAACUUCAGGAUACACCACUUGUUUUCAGCAUUCAUGGAGCUGUUGAAAGUGUGGCUUGAAAGUGCGUUGCUCAGACUUGAGCAGACAAUGCAUUAGUGAGGAAGAAAAGAAUGUGCGUGCUGUAACUAGUAGAAGAUAUUGCGGUAGAACAGUACUAUGCAGUUGUAUGUAUGUUAGCACAAUCCAAGACUGAUUCUAUUUUCAGCUACAUUAUUAGAAAGGGUUGGGAGGCGAGGGUAACGGUAGUUGUUCACCGGAUAUUCAUGAGAGAUGUAGGCUUAGCUUAUUUCACCAUCUAGAAAGAAUAUAUUAUAUAUUAUAGUUUGUUAAAAGCGAUCUUUGAAAAGCAGCA